ACCCCGGCCGCCGCGCCGCUCGCCGUCUUCGCGUCUCUCCUCGCGGCGCGCCGAUUCGGCGCGGCGAAGUCGAUGCUCCCUUCCCUCCUCACCCCCAGCCUCCUCGCCGUCCCCUUCGCCGACCUUGCGGCCGCCUCCCUCCCGCGCGCCGCUCCACAGCACGCCGUCGCCGCGUUCCACGACAUGCUCUUCCGCGCCUACGCAGACGCGGGGGCCGCCGACCGCGCGGCCGAGGCUGUCGACCUCACCGUCUCCCGCCUCGGCCGCCUCGACCCCCGCUCCCUCACCUCCUCGCUCAUCUCGCUCCGCCAGGCCGGCCACCUCCCGGCCGCCGUGGAGAUCCUCAACAAGGCGCUCGCUUCCUACCCCGACUCCGUCACGCCUCUCUCGGCGUCCGUCGUCGUCGACGGCUUCUGCAAGGCCGGCCGCAUGGACGACGCGCGCCGGCUGCUCGACGAAAUGCCGAGCCGCGGCGUGAGGCUGAACGCCUGCUGCUAUAACCCGCUGCUCGACACCUACACGCGCCAGAAGAACGAUGGCGGUGUCGCGGAGGUCCUAAAGGAGAUGGAGAAUGCUGGCGUGGAGCCGACGGUCGGGACAUACACGAUCCUUGUCGGUGGGUUGUCUAAGGCUGGCGAUAUCAGCAAGGUCGAGUCUGUGUUUGACGAGAUGAAGAGGAAGAAUGUGGCAGGCGAUGUCUACUUCUACAGCGCGGUCGUCAACGCGUACUGUCGGGCUGGGAACGUGCGGAGGGCGUCUGAGGUGUUUGAUGAGUGUGUUGCCAAUGGCAUCGAGCCGAAUGAGCGUACUUAUGGAGCACUGAUCAACGGGUUCUGCAAGAUUGGGCAGAUAGAGGCGGCGGAGAUGUUGUUCACAGAUAUGCAGCUGCGUGGAGUUGGACAUAACCAGAUUGUUUUCAACACGAUGAUUGAUGGUUAUUGUCGCCAUGGCAUGGUGGACAAGGCACUCCAUAUAAAGGAGGUCAUGGAGAAGAUGGGCAUUGAGUUGGAUGUCUACACGUAUAACACACUCGCGUGUGGGCUUUGCCGGGUGAAUAGAAUGGAAGAGGCCAAGACGCUACUGCAUGUCAUGGCCGAGAUGGGCGUCGCGCCAAACUAUGUCAGCUACACUACAUUGAUCAGUAUCCAUUCCAAGGGGGGCGACAUGGUAGAGGCAAGAAGGCUCUUCCGAGAUAUGGAUGGUAAGGGGUCAAGGCCAAGUGCUGUUACCUAUAAUGUCAUGAUUGACGGGUACAUCAAGAAUGGGAGCAUCCGUGAGGCUGAGCGGUUUAAAAAGGAGAUGGACAAGAAAGGGCUUGUCCCAGACAUAUACACUUAUGCAGCACUAGUUCAUGGGCACUGUGUCAAUGGGAAGGUGGAUGUGGCGAUGAGGCUGUUUGAAGAGAUGAAGUCGAGAGGAACCAAACCCAACGUCGUGGCAUAUACAGCUCUGAUAUCAGGUCUGGCUAAGGAAGGUAGAUCGGAGGAGGCGUUCAAGUUGUAUGAUGAUAUGUUAGGCGCUGGAUUGACUCCAGACGAUGCUCUAUAUUCUGUGCUUGUAGGGAGCCUUCACACGGAUAAUAGAAAAGAUGUUUUGACAUGAAUAGCAUAAGGUUUGUCAGGCCGUAUUACUAUUAGCAGAUGAUACCGUAAAGAAAUUGA